UUUCUUCCGGGUUCCUCGCGCAGUUUGUUUUGUUUGGGAAGCUCAGCGGACAGCUCAACAUGACAGAAACUCAUACUCUGCGACCGGAAUUAUUGUUUCUCCACAAAUAUAUAUGACGGCUUCGGUUAAAAUAAGAUGUCUCGGAUGGUUUUAAACACCUGUUUAACUCGGUAAAGGCGGAGAAGUGACUCCACCGUGAUUUCAUCCUGACCUGAGACACCUGUUGCUCCAGUUUCGACAAACAGGUGCCACUUCAUACAGAGAGCAGCUUCGGGUCGAGAGAGCAUCGAAACUCGGGACUAUUUUUUGAUAUAUUUUCUAAAAAAAACAACAAACUUUUGAGUAGUGACUAUGAAAGUCACAGUAACUUUCGGGGACACUGCGGUGGUGGUUCCCUGUAAAAAUGGAUGGACCGUCCGGGAUUUAGUCGACCAAGCCACCCGGAGAUACCGCAGGAUUUUGGAGCAGCAUGGGGAGAGUGCAGUUAAGACCCACCACUUGGAGUACAGUGAGGGCGGGAUCCUGGACAUGGACGACCUGCUGGCUGAUCUAGUGGAAGACAGAGACAAGCUGGUGGCGGUGUUCGACGAUGUCCAGCGCACGAGACAGCCAGACAGUCCCAGAGACAACAUGUCCAACGGCUACUCCAGUGCCGCCCCCAGCCCGGAGCCCCUCCACUACUAUUCCCACCUGCAUCCCCAGGAGCCAAUGAGAGGGGAGAUUGAAGUCAACGAGGCCAUCCUCAAAGGCAACACACCUCUGUUAGUGAGAAGCAGCAGUGACUCAGCUUUGGCCCCGCCCUUCGAGGUUACAGCCACGCCCCCACCCGAUGACCAUGGCAACGGGUCUCCUGAACCGGUGAGCAUUGAAAUCAACCAUGUACUGAAAGGAGCUCUGGACCGACUGCACACAGACGACAAACCUGCCAGCAUGAGCCAGGUUAACUUCAGCACCCACACAAGGACAGUGGAUUUUCAAGGCGACAAGGGGCCUCUGGGUAUCCAUGUCGUCCCCUACUGCUCCUCUCUUAGUGGACGGAUGCUGGGCCUCCUCGUUAAAGACAUCGAGGAAAACAGCCGCUCCAAGAGAGAGAAUCUCUUCCAGCAGGACGAGUGUAUCGUCCAAAUCAACGACACGCCACUCCAGGACAAGACAUUCGCACAGUCACAGGAAGUGUUCCGCCAGGCCAUGUCCUCUCCUUCUGUGCAUCUGGAGGUUGUACCCGUUGCCAACAAGCCGCGCUACGAGAAGAGCCUGAUUGGUCAGCUUUUCACUGGCAACGGUAAAGAGUCCACUUCAAAAGUAAAGAGUCCGAUGGUGGUCCGUGCUAAAACCGACCAGUCCAACCAGCCGGAACAACCCAAACAAGAUUCCAAAUCGAACACCAGACUAGAAGUGAGGCGACCGGACACGUGCGCCAAGACCCCAGAGCCAGCUCAGGUAAACCCACCACCAGCGGAGCUCCAGUCCGGGUAUGGCACCUUGGAUAGAGUCUCUCCCACAACUCCUGCCAGGGCAGCAAGCUCCUCCCCGACACCCAGGACCCGCAGCCAGAGCCCUCUGGCCAGUAAGGGCCCUGUCGUCCCCGGCCUGGCCAACCUUACCAGCAAGAAGGGCGGCAAGAGGAUAAAAAUUGAUCUGAAGAAAGGCACAGAAGGUCUGGGCUUCACCGUGGUAACCCGGGACUCCUCGGUCCACGGGCCAGGGCCAAUCCUGGUGAAGAACAUCCUGCAGCGCGGUGCAGCCGUCAAAGACGGCCGACUGCAACCCGGAGACCGCAUCCUGGAGGUGAACGGAGUAGACAUGACAGGCCGUAGCCAGGAGGAACUCGUGGCCAUGCUGCGCAGCACCAAGCAGGGAGAGAGUGUGUGUGUGGUGGUGGCGCGGCAGGAGGACAUCUUCCUGCCUCGGGAACUGAAAGGCGAUGAAGCUGGCAGCAUGGUGUUGGAGGACGGCAGGGAGCAGCUGAUGUACGAGGUCCCCCUCAAUGAAUCAGGUUCAGCCGGCCUAGGGGUCAGCCUGAAGGGCAACAAGUCAAGAGAGACCGGAGAGGACCUGGGCAUCUUCAUCAAGUCCAUCAUCCAUGGAGGGGCUGCUUACAAGGACGGUCGUUUGAGCGUGAACGACCAGCUGAUAGCGGUAAACGGCGAAUCGCUGGUCGGACGCUCCAACCACGCAGCCAUGGAGACGCUGAGACGCUCCAUGUCGUCCGAGGGCAACGCCAGGGGCACCAUCCAGCUGGUCGUGCUCCGAGCCCCCAGACAGGUACAGCAGAUGAGUAGUGCCAACCCUGCAACAAGCUACGCCACAAAUGUAACAGCCACCCAUCAUCCCAACCCCCAAACUGGCUCCAACAAUCAGGAGCCUUGGGGCCAUGAUGCUUACCAGGGGCCUCCAGGACCUCACAGACCCCCAAACACAGAGCCCACCAUCAACGGUGCCAGUCAACCUCCGAUGCCGGCCAACAACUACGGGUACCCUGGAAGUGCCGCGUAUCCCGCUGCGACCGCCAACGGCAGCCACGGUCACUACGGCAACGACGACGAAGACUUAGAGGAAGGUUUCCCCCCGCCGCCUUCCCCCGGCGCUGUGGAGGAAAUGAACAGACACUUAGCACUAACUCUACACCCCAGUGAGUUUCAGAAGCAGCCCUACAUGGCUGCAGCUACCUACGCAGAGAGCCCGCUGAUCAAUCACGCAGACAACACACCACGCAACAGAGCGUCCAAGAGCAUGGACUUGGUGGCGGAUGAGAGCAACGUGGGAUCAUUGGUCGGGCAGAGAGACGAGCCUUCAGCUGAUGGAGCGCUGGGCCCGACCCUGGGCCUCAGGAAGUCCAGCUCCCUGGAGAGCCUCCAAACGGCCGUGUCGGAGGCCAGGCAGAGCCACAUCCAAGCCCAGGUGCCCUUCCACCGCCCUCGGCCACACAUGGUACGAGGGCGGGGAUGCAAUCAGAGUUUCAGGACCGCAAUCGACAAGUCCUAUGAUGGACCUUCAGAAGAUGACGACGACCUGUCAGAGCAGAGCUCGGGUCACGAAACGCCGGCCAGCGGCUCCUCACGCCAGGGCCUGGACGCCGACGACGGGAAGAAGAAGAAGAAAACCAAAGGGAAGAAGAAAGAGAAGAAGAGCAAAGGAAAGAAGAAAACAGAUGAUUCUGCAGAGGAUCUGGAGAAGAAGACCAAAAAGAAAGGAUUUGCCCUCUUAAGGUUUGGGAAGAAGAAAGAAGACAAGAGCAAAGAUGCAGCUAAAAUAUCCAAAAACAAACUGGAGGCCCUGAGUGAAGAGGAGCUGGACAGGAUCCCUGACAACAGAGACAGCUAUGAUCCGCGUUACGCCGAGAUCCGCUCCGGCCACUUCACCCCGGACCCGGCCUCCCUCCCCGACGUGGAAGACGACGACAGCGACCCCAACUACGCCCGCAUCAACAACUUCCGCCAGCCGCCCUCGCCUCAGUCAUUCGUCAGUCGCACGCCCUCCCCUGCGGCACCGAAAGGGGGGACUAACCAGCCUCAGUCCUCCGCCGAGGAGCUGGACGGGCUCUACGCCAAGGUCAACAAGUCCAGACCGCCGCCCGCAGAAAGUGAUCAGCGUCUCCAGGGGUUGCGUAGGGAGUACCAGCAGGCCCGAGCCAUUCCAGCCUACGAGGAGCUAGACAACGCACGACGCAGAGCCCUGGAGCACGACCCGAACCGGAUGGCACCCAGAGGAGCCGAAUCUCGACCCGCACACCAGUAUGAAGAGUUGGAACGACAGUACCCCACACACUCCAGGAGGGAUCCGUAUGAUUACCCCUCUCACUCCAGAACUGCGCCAAGAGAGCCCGCCCCCUACCCGGGCCACUACCAUGACCAACCCGUCUCCAGCCACCCGGGCCGUGUGCCGCUCCCCCAGCCGGCAUCCGGCAACCCACGCUACUACCACACAUCUCCCCACCAAGGUCAGCGGCACCGUGCGGCGGUAAGGCAGGACGUUCCACCUUCCCCCACCGCAGGCCAAAGGGGGCGGCACUACUACGAAGCCGUCGGAGGGAGAGGAGACGGCUACCGGCAGGCCAGCCCCGGCCGCUACACCAGCCCGGUGAGGUACCCCGACGCCAAGGAGCGCUACGCCAGCCCAGAGCGCUACGGCUACGGAGACGAAAGGCAGCCAGAACGUGGAAGGCGGAAGAACCCCAUGAUAGGUGCGGUUUAAGAGGGUAGUCGUGAGCGACCAAACCCCAAAAAUGAAGUGAACUUGAGUCAUUCAUACAAAGAAUAUAUAAAUAGCUCCACAUAAUACCAGCUGUCACCUAGACUGCCAAUGUGAAUAAAUGAGAUUUUGCCAUAUUGAUUUAUCUGAAAGCAAUAAGUGACGAGGUGAGAGGCUAAACUAGGGCUUAUUUUCAGAACCAUCUGUCUCCACAAGCCAAGGCAGAUUUAACAAGCACUCAUGUGCAUGUUUAUAUAAUCAUAUUUGCAACAGCUUCUGUAUAUUUGCAAGCAUGUCGGUGUAUAUAACAGGAUAUUAUUUUGAUUAUGUAGAAUUGAAAUUAAAUUAAGGGCAAUUAACUUAAUUAUAUAGACAUAUAGAGGAAACUUUAGUGCCAUAUGUUGUAUAGAAUCACCUCUAUUCUAGCAAACCGGGCAGUGCUGACUUGCAUUUUGCACAAGCUGAUCAAACUGAAGGAAAUAAAGAGGGACCACCUUGACCCAGCAGGACUGCAAUAACGUAAGAGACACAGGAAGUCAAUGCCGACAAACAGGAAAAGGAACUCCCCUUCAAAGUGUCUUCUUGUCCUUGAUGUUUUUGUCGCUUGGACUUCCUUCACAUCCUGCUAUCACAUUUUCGUUUAUUUUUUUUUUUUUUGCAUUUUUACCUUUGAUUAAUUAGCUGUGGAUGUGGCUGAUUUGAUAACUUUUACUGUACAUUUGUUAACCGUAUAAAUGCAUCGCAUAUGAGAUUAUUUGUUAUUUUUGUGGUGUUGCUAUUAAACUCUAAAAAGUCGUGAUCUACACAUAAAACUACAGACUAUGAAAGAUGCUGUGCAGCUAAUAAAGAAAUAAUUUUAUCCUAUAACAUAUCAUUGAUAAAAGUCAUUGCACUGAAAAGUCACUUAAUGUUUUAAUGGUGGUUUGAUUUAAACAUGCUGUCAAAUAAAUGCAUGCUUUUUUUUUUUAUAUACAGAUAUUUUUCAUUAAAUUUUUUGAAAUUCUC